CAGAUGAGUGAUUUUGGGAUAAGCAACAUGGAUCAAGUAGCUCCUGUGUCUAACGUGUACAGAGGAAUGCUCAAGCGUCAACCAGCAUUUGACACCUUUGAUAGCUCAAACUCUCUCUUUGCUGGAUAUUUUUUCUCACUAAAUGAAGAUCAAACACUUCAAGAAGUGCCAACAGGAUUUGAUUCUACUUCUUAUGAGUCGAACAACUGUGAAUUGCCUCUGUUAACCCCGUGCAGUAAGGCUGUGAUGAGUCAGGCCUUGAAAGAUACUUUCAGUGGUUUCACAAAGGAACAGUGUCGGCUGGGUAUCCCAAAUAAUCCCUGGCUGUGGACUGAACAGCAAGUUUGCCAGUGGCUUUCAUGGGCUACCAAUGAGUUUAGCUUGGCAAACGUGAACUUCCAUCAGUUUCUUAUGAGUGGCCAAGACUUGUGUAACCUGGGCAAGGAGCGUUUCCUGGAACUGGCACCUGACUAUGUGGGAGAUAUUCUGUGGGAACACCUGGAACAGAUGAUAAAAGACAGCCAAGACAAAAUGCAGGAUCAAUAUGUGGAGAACUCUCAUCUCACCUCAGUUCCUCACUGGGUCAAUAAUAAUUCCUUAACUGUUAAUGUAGAUCAGAACUCCUAUGGUAUGCAAAUGCCUGGAUACCCUAAAGCCCUUGGUUAUCCCAAAUCCAGUCUCCUGACUGACGUCUGUCAGAAUUCCACAGGACCGAAUCUCCUCAAUCCAGAACAAGAGUUCUCAUUGUUUCCUAAAACCCAAGCAGAUGCUGUUGGUGUGAACUACUGUGCAGUCAAUCAAGAUUUCCCAAGAAGCAAUCUGAACAUACUGAUAGACAAUUCUGGUAAGCUUAGAGAACACGAAUCUAGUGACAGCGGUGCAGAGAGUUACGAAAGCUCAGAUUCGAUGCUACAGUCCUGGAACAGCCAGUCGUCACUGGUGGAUUUACAGCGUGUGCCAUCCUAUGAGAGUUUUGAAGAUGACUGUAGCCAGUCCUUGUGUCUGAGCAAACCUACAAUGUCUUUCAAAGACUAUAUUCAAGAACGAAGUGAUCCUGUAGAGCAAGGGAAACCAGUUAUACCGGCAGCAAUUCUAGCUGGCUUUACUGGCAGUGGACCUAUACAGCUAUGGCAGUUCCUUCUGGAGUUACUGACUGACAAGUCCUGUCAGUCAUUCAUCAGCUGGACUGGAGAUGGAUGGGAGUUUAAACUUGCUGACCCAGAUGAGGUGGCACGGAGGUGGGGAAGGAGGAAAAACAAACCAAAAAUGAACUACGAGAAGCUCAGCCGAGGCCUACGCUACUAUUACGACAAGAACAUCAUCCACAAGACUUCAGGGAAACGCUAUGUGUAUCGCUUCGUGUGCGACCUGCAGAACCUGCUGGGGUACACGGCGGAGGAGCUGCACGCGAUGCUGGGGGUGCAGCCCGACACGGAGGACUGAGCCCGAGGACGUGAUGCUGCAGGGGUGAAAAUCAUGUAUUGGGACUGCGUCUGGGAACCGUCUGCAGUCAGUUCUGGCUGUUCAGAUGGGUGCAACUGUUGGGAAAUAAGGACCUUAACUGAUUUUGUAACCAGGGAGAGCUGGAAGGAAGUGGCCUUAUUUCAUCAGUGGCUUCGGGUGUUGCCAUGUCAGGCACUUGAGCAGCAUGGAAGUCAGCACCAGAUCCCAGCUCUGUCAUGAAGACAUGGAAAUGCUUUUGGGUUAAGCAUUUCGACUACCUGUACUGCCGUACAAAACGUUUUGGCUACUUACACUGCCAUGUAAUAAUGGGUUGGCUUUAAAACCAAAGGUUGGAUGAGAAACCAGUGAUGCAGCAGAACUAUUGCUCAGCUAUUUUAAAAUACCAUCGUCCUUGCUUACAUCUUAUAUCAUGCAAUUUAUUUAAAAAAAACAAAACAAACUAAUUUAUUUUAAAUGAGCAGUAAGGAGAAUCGAUAUUAGUUUUGUUCUAAAGCACGUUUUAUUAUUAUUAUUACUACUCCAGAAAUGUGCUGCAUAGGUACAUAAACACUCUGUGUCCAAAACCAGAUGUAGCAACCGUUAACAAAAAAAAAGACCCUUUAAAGAAGGGAAGGAAAAUCGUACCAUUUCAAUAUUCAGUUUGUAUAUAUUCUGUGAUUCUUUUUGAAACUCUGUAAUGCUCCUAUUUAACAGAUACUGUAUAGUGUAAAUUAAACUAAUUGUAUGUGUGUUUUGAAAUAGGAUGAAUGUAAACUUAUCUAAUUUUUUUUUUUUCAUGUUUGUCUAGGAUAUACAACCUUCUGCAAAUAUUUAAUUGGCCUGAGAGACAACAUAAGUGCUCAGUAUGCAUGCAUAUGGUAUGCCUAUGAUAUGAAAUGGGGGGGUGGGGAGGGAGAGCUGGCUCAGUAUUUUGCCAAGACUGAAGCUGGCAAUUCUUUGUGCAU